GCCUCCACGAGCGCAAACUACAGCCUUGAGUUGCGGCGAACGCACGCGCUGUAUCUCGCCCAGUCACAUCGACAGCAUGGAGUUGUAUUGUCUCUUCGGAUUUACGGUGCUGCUAACUUGCUGUCUAGUGGAGAUCUCGUGUCGACCGUCUAAUAAUGAGUCUACGGUCCUUCAAGAAGGAAUCUCUACAAAAGAACCAAAAGCAAUAGCAGACAAAGUUGAUGGAUCAAUCUACUAUCAAGCUGAUACAGAUAUAAAUGUACCAGAAGACAAUACUAAAGAAAUCGUUGAGAAAAUCAAAGCCAUCAAUAGUGUAUUGAAUAAACCACGUCGCCCACAACUUAAUUUUAAUACACCGUACAACGAAAAUGUUAAUGGGAUAGAUGAGGAAACGCUUGCCAAGAUCAAACAGAUAAUUGCUUCUGAAAAACUUCAUCCGUAUUCAAAAACAAAAAAUGAACCUGAUAGCACUGAUUCUUACGAUGAUGACCGGAAUCCAUAUUCAAGGGCUUUUAGGGUAAUGCCUAAUACGGGUUAUCCGAAUACAGUGCCUAUGCCAAUGAUGCCUUACUAUUAUCCAUACGUGAUAAAUUAUCCUGUAAUGGUAACACCUUAUGCCUAUUCCAAUAAUCAAUUAUUUACUGAUUACGCAGCAUAUAAUGAUAUAAAACCAACAGCCCCAGGUGAUCUAAAAUCCGUAAUCCCAAAAGGGGGUUAUCAAACAAGAGAAGAACAGCAACCACUAUUCCCAGGCUUUCCCUCAUUUCCUUCAUUUUCAUUCGAUAAUCUAUUUCAAUUUCGGCCAUUCAGUCAACUCUUUCCUGUAUUGAUAAAAAAUCCUUUCGUUGCGUUUGCUCAGGGUGGAGGAUGGGAGAAUUUUAUUGAAUACGGACAGAGUGCCGAUGUGUGUAGUAGAAAACAGAAAUCAGCAGAUGAUGAGUAUAGUGAAGUUAUUAAAAAGUUUCUUGAAAGUAAUGCCAACUUAGAACAAUACAAUAACCAAGCUAGCGAAAGUAAUACAAUAUCUGAAGUAAAUAAUAAUUCUAGAGAAUCACGAGCCCUUAGAAAACGAACCAUCCAAAGUGGAACAUCUGAACAAGAACUUAAAACUGAAACCAGUAAGAAUUCUCAGAAAACUUACACACGCAAAACUACAAAGAAGCCGUUGAAUAUUGAACAGAGCGAAGAUUUAAAAAGUGAUGCCGAGGGCUCUUUGCGUUUCCCUUUCAUGGAUAACUUUCCUUGGCUAAGAGAUAGACGUCCUAGUUCUAUACCUAGUCCUGGAUUUUUUAUUAAUACACUAAGGGUUCGUAAAGGUGGAGUAGCUAUUGCUGGUCCAGGAGGCGUCGCGACUGCUGGAAGAGGAGGAACAGCUAUUGUUGGACCAGGUGGAUUAGCUUAUACAAAGCCAGGGGGAUUAGCUAUCGCUGGUCCGCAGGCACGCGUCGUAGCUGUAUCGCCAGAACAUAAUUUUAAUGAUCUUGUUACUCGUGCAAUUAAAUUAGGUGAUAAAUCACGAGCUUCACAACCAAUAAGAGAAGGAAAAUUAGUAGAGAACAUUCGCAAGAAUCGCCAAGGAAUCGUUAAUGAUGUAUAUAAUUAUGACGGAGAUAAAAUUGUACAAAAUCUUUAUGAAGAUCCCAUGUACGUGCUUCACUUAAGUCCAAGGGCUUCAGCUAUCAGCGGAGACAGGGGCGUUGCUAUAUCCAACCCUAUUUCAAGAGUGGUUCUGCGCCGUGGUGAAGUUGCCUCUAUAAUUCAUAGUCCCAAAGCAACCGCUGUUGUUGGUGCUGGAGGUGUGGCGCAUGCAGAAGCAGUUCAAUACAUACCUUUCUACGGUGGAGCAAAAGGACAAUAUUUAGAAAUUAGAAAAGAUACUAAAGGAGCCAUUCUUAGCGAAAAAGUCGUUGCAGAAGAGAGUAUAAGUAACGAAAAUAUAAUGAAAAAUACCGAUGACAAUCUACUUUCGAAGGUUUUAGCAGCUAAUUUACAGAAUCUAAGAUCAUUGUCUACCAAUGUGUUAAAAUUACACAAUUUAGGAAGGAAAACUGGUACGUUAGGACAUCAGGAAAGGAUCAGAUUCAAAAAUCAGCUGUAUUCGCUAGGUGAAGCUGCUUCUAAUACAAUAAAGUUAAUAGAUGAAAUUGGUGAAGAUGUAGAUGUGUUAUUUAAAAGAAAUGCUACCCUUUCAAGACAAUAUGGAGACGGCGACGAAGAUUACGUAAGCGAAGAGGGCAUCAGCAUAGACGCUUCUAAUUCUGGCGAAGUAGUUGACCACAGCACUAUUGCUGAAGCUAAACCUGUCGGUCUAGCAGUAAUUGGCGAGAGUGGGCUAGCAGCGUCCCGCCCCAUGGCCACCGCUGUAGCCAGUUCCGGCGUGGCCAUAGCCAGCCCCGUGGGCACCGCCAUCGCUGGCGUCGACCCCAUGCUCCUCAGCAUCAAUGGGUUUAACUUUAACCUCAACCAUCAAAAGACAUACAAAAUUAACGGAAAAUACUACUAAAAUAUAUCCAAAAAUGCCUGUAGAAUAUACUAAUACAAAAUUACAAAAUAAUUAUCAAA